AACACACCGCAAACUUCGCCGUCGCAGUACUACCACCCCGUCACCAGUCGCGCGAAACGUCGUAUUUCAAACAUGGCGCCUCCGAUACGCGCGCGCUCGAUCAAAUCAGAUUCCUUCCACGAGCACUUCCGAAAGCUCAAGACAUCCGUGUACCAAGAUAGUCCUCGCCCAAACGCCGUAUCAUCCUCGCACUACAUCCGCACACUAUCAUGGAAUGCCUCGGGCACAUUCAUCGCGACAGGUGCCGCUGAUAGGACACUGCGCAUCUGGAAUCCGGAGAAGACGAAUGCUAAGAACUCGACCGAAUUGCGCACGCCCAAUACGACAGCAGCCCUAGAACGCGUUUCCUUUCACCCAAUCAACGAGAAUGAGCUCGCGAGCUCUACUUCUGAUGGCAUGGUCAGGUUUUGGGAUAUACGAUCCAAGGCUAGUGUAGGCGAGGUCAAGGUCGGCGAGUGCCCAUUCACCCUGGCGUGGACGCCGGAUGGGAAUGAGUUGGUGGCAGGUAGAAAGGAUAAUCUCCUUGUCACCAUCGACCGAUCAACCCUAAGCAUCCUCUCCGAACACCAACAAGUCCUCCAAACAAACCAAUGCGUCUUCGACUGGUCCGGCAACCACCUCUACACAACCGCUGGUGACGGCAGCGUCAGAAGCCUUCGGUACCCGUCUUUCGAGAACGCCCUCACACUCAACGCUCAUACCUCCGCAUGCUACGCGGUAUCGCUUUCACCCAGCGGCGAAUACCUGGCAGCAGGUGGAGGUGAUGCGCUGAUCUCGCUCUGGGACACGCAAGAAUGGAUAUGCACACGGACAUUGGAAUUGACCGGUGGUAUCAUCAAGUCGGUUGACUUCUCCUUCGACGGCAGCUAUGUUACUGCCGGCUCCGAUGAUAAGGAAGAGAAGAAGAUCCGUAUUGCGCAUGUUCACACCGGAGAGAUUGUACACACGGUUGAUGUGCCGACACCAGCGUCCCAUGUCGCCUGGCAUCCUUGCCGCUAUGUCCUAGCAUACUCCGCGGAUAAUCUGGGUCUGAAGAUCAUUGGGGGUAUCAGCUAUAGGAAAGUCCGUCUUUUACUCUAUGAAAGUCCAGUCACUUCUCUGCAUCUUCCGUCCGAAUUAUCCAACUUCAUCACCAUGGACGUCUCAACGCCAAUCAGACCGAACGACAUCUUCUCGGCGAAGGGACUAGUAGUGGUCAUCACAGGCGGCGGCAGUGGUCUCGGUCUCGCCAUAGCAUCAGCCCUAUACCAAAAUGGUGCCGGGCGUAUAUACCUCCUCGGCCGCCGCCGUGAAGUCCUCGAGAAAGCCAUCAACUCCCUCCAAUCCAACACACCGCGCGACUCACAAAGCACCGGUAGCCUCCACGCCCUCCCCUGCGACGUAACCGACCUCAGUUCCGUACGCGCCGCCGCCUCCACGAUCCAGAACGAAAUCGGCUACGUCGACGUCCUCAUCAACAAUGCCGGCGUGAUCGGCCCCAAAAACGGCGCUGACAUCUACAAAGCCGAGUCCAUCCAACAACUAUCAGAAACCAUGGUCUCGGGCUACGACGGCUGGCAAGACGCCAUGGCUAUAAACACGCAAUCCGUCAUCGGCGUCUCAGCCACCUUCCUCCCCUUGCUCGAAGCAGCAAACACGCGUCGCGGCUGGACACCCGGUAAAGUCACAGGUACAGGCAACGCGCGCGCCCGCGACACCGGCACCGCGACCAACAAUGGCAUCGAUGCAGACGACGACCGCAUGGCGCACAUCAUCACCGUCGCAUCCGUUGCCUCAUACAUGCGCUGGGUUUCCGCUGGUUUAGCAUACAACGCCAGUAAAGCGGCCGCCGCCCACCUAGGCAAGAUGAUGGCAACCUUCCUAUCCGAAUGGGGUAUACGGAGUAAUAUCGUGUGCCCUGGACCUUAUCCGAGUGACAUGACAGCGGGGCUCAAUCCCGUUUAUGGAACGAACCAAAUACCCCAGGGCAGGAUGGGUGGAAUCAAUGACAUCUCGGGGCUGAUGUUGUUCCUUGUGGGUAAGGGUGGAGCGUAUGUUAAUGGGACUACGCAGUUGACUGAUGGGGGGAGGACGAGCGUGUUUCCUGCUGUUUAUUAG